AUGGAUGUGCUAUGGAUGGUACCGCUGCUGCUGAUCCCACUCCUGAUGUGGACCAGCAGCACGUUUGUUUUCUAUUUCAAAAAGUGCUUUUACGUCGCCUGGAUGAUGUGCCUGGCCCUCAUCGCGAUCCCCCUGUGCAUACUGAAAAGCGGCGGCCGAGACGUUGAAAAUAUGAGGAUUAUCCGCUUCCUGGUUCGUCACGUGAAGUACUUCCUGGGUCUUCGGUUUGAUGUGAGCGGCUGGGAGCAUCUGCAGACAGAGGGACCCUACGUCAUCAUCUCCAACCACCAGAGCUCCCUGGAUGUGUUGGGCCUGAUGGAGAUCUUACCGGACCGCUGCACCAUGAUCGCCAAGAAGGAGUUGAUCUACGCCGGCACGGUGGGUCUCAUCUGCUGGCUGGGUGGCAUCGUCUUUAUCAACCGCAAGAAGACGAGCGAUGCGAAGAGUGUCAUGACCGACGCUGCCAAAACCAUGUUGGACGAACAGAUUCGUCUGUGGGUGUUCCCAGAGGGAACGAGAAACCAGAGAGGCGACCUGCUGCCCUUCAAAAAAGGAGCUUUCCACCUGGCAGUGCAGGCACAAGUACCCAUCAUACCUGUCGUCUUCUCCUCCUACAGCAACUUCUACCUACGGAAAGAAAAGCAGUUCAAAUCAGGGACCAUCAGAUUGAAGAUCCUCCCAAAGAUCGAGACAAAGGGGAUGACGACAGACGAUAUAACAUCCCUCUCUGACAAAUCCUUCAACCUGAUGCGCUCUGCCUUCUUGAACGUCUCUGACUCCGUCACCCAGAGCAACGGGCCGCUGAGGCACUGAACAUUUUACCACACUCCCGCCUCUUUUUUCUCCUAUGUCCCUGUCUGAGACCUGUUCCUCCCCCAGACCUCCCCGCUCUCCCCCUGGCCAGGAAACAACAUGACACAGGUCUCUUGUCAUGAAAUCUCUUCUUGUCUAGUUGACGCCUGGUCCAGUCCGCCUCUGGCCCGACCAUACAGCACAGUCAGUCCCGACCCUCACUGUGUCUGCAGCAGCACCGGCAGCAGCAGCGCUGCUCUGCACGCCGUGAGCGGAGUGACGGACGGCAAGCCGAACAGUAUGGAUGUGUGUUGUUCUUCAUGCAUGCCUUUUUGGAUGGCUCUGUCCACCUGCAUCGUUGCUUUGUUCUCUGGCUUCGGAAGCCCGGCUUGAUUAUUGACUUACUUUAUCACUGUUCUGUACUUUUUAUUUUGGCCUUAUUUUGCUCCUAUUUUCUCCGUCUGCCUUCUGUUUCACGCAUCAAUCUCUUCGUUUACGCGCUCCCCUCAUGUUGCCUUUGUUUUAAACACACACAUGCACACACGCAUUCAGAGUUCCCCCAUCUUCUCCCUUUCCUUUCCGUGCUCUCUCCCCCCCUUUUUCUGCAUUCCAGUCUCUUGCCUAAAGACAAACGGAUCGGGGUCUCCACGAGCGGUGGAGUGUGCGGAGGUGAGAGGUCGACACAGGUCGGCCACGGACUUCUUUGAUACUGUCGCUGCGACUUCAACUCUAUAUCCAUGUUGGCUCUUCGACUCAAUGACUAAUCGCUCCAUGACAUGCUUCAUGAUGUCAGAAAGCAAGGAAUUCAAGGUUACAAGAUAGAGUGUGUAACAAUAGCACCCAUCUGUACUGAUUUAAUGGACUUAAGCGGACGGAUCAGUUUUCAAUGUUGUGCAUUGUUGGUGUAUCAUUGUGCAUUCUUUCGGUACGUCUCUCCAAAAAGAUUAGAAAUAGCCUGCGUGCAGCAUCAAGCAGCAAGUGUCUUCUGGCUUUACUCUGUAUGUUUGUUUUCUAUUUAUUUCUACAUCUGAUAAUCUUGAGCUUCUUCUUCUUCUUCUCCUUCUUCUUCUUCUUCUUCUUCUUCUUCUUCUUCUUCUUCUUCUUUUCAAAGAGAUCAUGUUUCUUUGCUCCUCGGACAGGAAACUCACAAGUGAACCUAUUUAAAGACGUGUCAAAAGGGUGAUUUCAUAUUGUGCAAUGUCAAACUGUUUUAUUACUGCUCCAAAGUGCAAGCUACCUGCUGUGCCAUGACCGAGUGUUUUUGGGAAGUUUCCAGUGCGAACCUGGUGAAUCAGUCCUCCACAGGCUGAUUGCACUUUCCCUUCACCAACAGAGCUGCGAUAGCCAUUAAUGUCAUUAGUGUAUUAAAAUAUCAAAAGAAAUCUGUGAAAUGCUGAUAAAAAUUUCCCAGAAGCCAAAGUCAAAUUGCUUCUUUUGUCCAAAAAGAAUCCAAAAACCCAAAGAACUCUUCAUUUAAUGACAUCAAAGACAAAGAAAAGUGGCAAAUCCUCUCAUUUAACCAGCAAAUGUUUUUUUUUUUUUAAAUUGCUGCUUGAAAAAUGACUUAAAGGAAACUUUGGUCAUUAUCUACUCACGCUCAUGCCGAUGGAAAGUCAGGUCAAGUUUUGAGUCCACAAAACAUUUCUUUAGCUUCACGGCAAAAUAUUGUUGCAGAGUUCUCCUGAACAGCUGAAGUAGAUGGGGACUUCUUUAAAACAGGGAAAACACAAACAACAAACCAUAAAGUGGCUCCACGUGACUUGUUUGGUGUAUUCCAAGUCUCCAGAAGCCACGAGUGGAAAAGACGUGACGACAUGCUGUCGGGCUCCUGCAGUGCGACAGGAGGGAUUUCUGCUUAGAAAAUAAAAAGGGUGUAAAAAUGAAUCUGGGAUCACAUCUGUGCACAGAGCUGUUUUACAUUUGCGUUUUUUCUUUUUUCUUUGUCAUUGGUUGUAGUUUUAUUAGUGGUGUCAUGAUUCCCAUGUUUUAAGUCUCAUCUGAACGCCUCUUUUGAGAAGACUUUUUAAAUCAAAAGUCAAACCGAAGGGCAGAUUUGGAGAAUCGUGACAGCGCUGGUUUUUAUGUUCCACUACGAGACUCCGGAUGGGAGUGAGUAGAUAAUGACUGAAUUUUCACGUUUGGGUGAACUUUCCCUUUAAAUGAUUGAUUACCAAAAUAGUUGACGGUUAACUUUCUUUCAACUGACUGACCGAUUACUUGUUGUUCAAUUUGUCUUUGCAGCUGUAUCUAAUAAUAGGAGGUGAUUUUGCUGUUCGGACGACUGAGAGAAGAACUGUGACUGAUUUUUAUUUGUCCGGAUGAACUUGAAGAUUCUCAAAUCGAUUCUCAAAGUCUACAUCUCAGAAGAGUUUGAGGGUUGACCCCCUGAGUUUUUUUUAAUCAAUAUGAAGGUGAAUAACUUUGUUUUAGUUGAGAUGUUCUGAUUAUUGCUUAACCUCGCAGGAGAAUAUUUAAAAAGUUGUGGACGUUUUGGCCUUAAGUUUGAUCGAUUGCUGUUUUGUAACGUGCGGGCGACGACUUCAAACCGGGUAGAACUGACCGAGCUGUUGUUUGUUUGUUUGUUCUUUUUUUUGUUUACAUCCAGGUCUUAAAUUUAACUUUGCUCACUGCCUUCACACUGUUCGCAAAUUCACUUUUUCUUUUUUUUUUUCUUCUUCCCCUCUGCCCAUCAAAAACACCAUCUCAGAAUGUAUUCCAGCAUUCAGGAAAUCGCAUCUUAAUUUAUUUUAUUACGUUGUUGUAUUAAAAGUGGGGAUGUUGUCUUGGCGUCAAAUCAAAGAAAUGUAUUUAUUUGACCAUUAAAUGUUGAAAUUUAGACAAAACCUUCUGAGGAGAUAAUAUAGUUGAUGGAUUUAAUGAAUACUUUGGUUCUCAGUCUGUACGCAGCUGUUCAUAGUUGAGUGUGACUGUAGUUUUAGUCACACCUGUUGGGCACGCGAUGGUCGAGGUUUCAUUUAUAUUCGAAGCCAGUAUGGAAUAUACGCCCCUACUAAUUCUAAUUAAUCAAAUUCUGUAUUUUUUGAAUAUAUUUAUUGACUUUUUUUUCUUAUCUUUAAGAGCCGAUUUUACCUAUUGAAUGUUAUAAAGUAGUCUACCAAAAUUGAUUUCUUCCAAAAAAUAUAUGAACUAUACCAUGAACAUUUUUGCUAACGGAGUGUUUUAUCAAUUUUAUUUCCUGUUAUUUUGUAAUAAUACAAAUGUGUGAUUUGUAAGCUUUGUGUCAUGAGCUUUGAACUGGUGGCUCACAGGCUCUGCAUCAACCCUGAUGGUUGACUUCUUCUCUUUUUUUCUUUUUUUUUGUCUUCGGGACGAGGGGGCAGUUGUUUACGAACUCAUGUAAUGUAAGAUAUUGUAAAAGAUUCAAAGUAUUCUGAACCUUAAUAAAGCACUUUUCAUGCUGAGUUUGGGUGGAAAAAAAAUAAAAAAGAAAGAAAGGACUUUCAAGUUUUCUCUGAUUUUCACCGAAGCUAUUAAAAGUGUAAUUGUCGGUAGCUGCAGACGGAUAUGAGAAACAGAGCUGACAUCCUGCAGAGCCAUGAGUGUGUGAGUGUGUGUGUGGUCCCGUACUGUAUGUGUGUGUGUGAACAUACACACACAUGCUAUAGACGCCCAUCAUAGCACCUGGUUAAUAUCGAUGGUGUAGUGUUCGUCAAUUACGCCAAUGCCUUGCAAAAAGAAUAAAUAAACAUUCAUUCCUU